AUGUCUGCUCCAGCUUCCAAUUACAAAGUUGCCGAUAUCUCCUUAGCUGCCUUCGGUAGAAAAGAUAUUGAAUUAUCUGAAAAUGAAAUGCCAGGUUUAAUGGAUAUCAGAAAGAAAUACGGUUCAUCUCAACCAUUAAAGGGUGCUAGAGUUGCUGGUUGUUUACACAUGACCAUUCAAACUGCUGUUUUGAUCGAAACCUUAGUUGCUUUAGGAGCAGAAGUUACCUGGUCAUCAUGUAACAUUUUCUCUACCCAAGACCACGCUGCUGCUGCUAUUGCUGCUGCUGGUGUUCCAGUUUUCGCCUGGAAGGGAGAAACCGACGAAGAAUACGAAUGGUGUAUUGAACAACAAUUAUUCGCUUUCAAGGACGGUAAGAAAUUGAACUUGAUCUUGGAUGAUGGUGGAGACUUGACCACUUUAGUCCACAAGAAGUACCCAGAAAUGUUAGACGACUGUUACGGUUUAUCUGAAGAAACCACCACCGGUGUCCACCACUUAUACAAGAUGUUGAAGGAAGGUACCUUAAAGGUUCCAGCUAUCAACGUUAACGACUCUGUCACCAAGUCUAAGUUCGAUAACUUAUACGGUUGUCGUGAAUCUUUGAUCGAUGGUAUUAAGAGAGCCACCGAUGUUAUGAUUGCCGGUAAGGUUGCCGUUGUCGCUGGUUUCGGUGAUGUCGGUAAGGGUUGUGCCAUGGCUUUAAGAGGUAUGGGUGCUAGAGUUAUUGUUACUGAAAUUGAUCCAAUUAACGCUUUACAAGCUGCCGUUUCUGGUUACCAAGUUGCUCCAUUAGAAGAAGUUGCUUCUAUUGGUCAAAUCUUCGUCACCACCACUGGUUGUCGUGACAUUAUCACUGGUGUUCACUUUGAACAAAUGCCAGAAGAUGCUAUUGUCUGUAACAUUGGUCACUUCGAUAUCGAAAUCGAUGUCGCAUGGUUAAAGGCCAACUCCGAAUCUGUUGUUGAAAUCAAGCCACAAGUCGACAGAUUCUUGAUGAAGAACGGUCGUCACGUUAUCUUAUUAGCUGAAGGUAGAUUAGUUAACUUAGGUUGUGCCACCGGUCACUCAUCUUUCGUCAUGUCUUGUUCUUUCUCCAACCAAGUUUUGGCCCAAAUCGCUUUAUUCAAGGCUGAAGACAAAGAAUUCCUCGCCAAGUUCCCAGAAUUCGGUAAGUCUGACAAAUUCGACAUCGGUGUCCACUUAUUACCAAAGGUUUUGGAUGAAACCGUUGCUAAGUGUCACUUGGACCACUUAGGUGCUAAGUUGACCGUCUUAUCUGACGUUCAAGCUGAAUACUUAGGUAUUCCAAAGGAAGGUCCUUUCAAGGCUGAUAUUUACAAGUACUAG